AUCAGCGGCUGUUUGCUAUUUGUUUGGAACUUUUUGUGAACGCAUAUCUACAUAAAAAAUUUAAUAGAUAGAAGAAAAGGUCGUGAAAUGUUGUUGUAUACCUUUCUACCGGCUGCAAUAUUAACAUUUUCCGAUUUGGUUUACUCAUUUGAGGGAAGACGGAUAGUGGAUGCAGAAAAAACGCUGGUGUGGGGACCCGGCUUGAAGCCGGAUGAAGUUGUCUUGCCCGCACGUUAUUUCUUCAUACACGCAGUGGACAAAAACGGACGCAAAUUUGAGCAAUCGCCCCCUCAAGACUUUCAAGUGUCUGUCAAAGGCAAUUCACCGCAUGGUAAAUGUCGGUGUAACGUGAAUCUAAUCGAUCGCGGUGAUGGCUCUUCAAUUGUGCGCUACACCAUUGCCGACUGGUGCGAUCAAGUAGAGCUAGAGGUGCGCUACAAUGGUUCGCAUGUGGCGCAAUCACCGUAUGUCAUAUACAAUAAAGUGUAUUCAGAACGCUGUUACUGCCCGCAAGAGCUAAAUCUCUGGAUGUUGCACAAUAGUUGUCCCUCCUAUUUGGACGAUAAACAAAUCGUUUGGGACUUACAUUCGUUCAAGCGUGUGAACUUUAGCGCUAUACGCGAGAACCUUUUAAGGCGUUACAACCAACCAGAGAGUGUGUCGUUAUGCCAUUAUGUGGUAAAGCAGCAGCAAGUAUGGCGUCAAUGCUACGGAAAGUACACAGGAUUUAAAAUGUUCAUGGACGCUACACUAUUGGCGUUGGGACGUGUUGUUAUGUUGCCAGAUAUGGAAUUCUAUUUGAAUUUGGGAGAUUGGCCGCUUUCGAAGAAAGGUGGACAACAGCGCACCUCUGGCCCGUACCCGAUAUUCUCAUGGUGUGGCAGUGAUGACUCGUAUGAUAUAGUGCUACCCACUUACGAUAUUACUGAAUCAACUUUGGAAAAUAUGGGACGUGUAACUUUAGAUAUGUUGUCGGUGCAAAAGAGCGAAUACCCUUGGGACAUAAAAGAGAACAAGGCAUUUUGGCGAGGUAGAGAUUCCCGCCGGGAGCGACUCGAAUUAAUUGAGCUGGCGCGUAAAUAUCCUGAACUGAUUAAUGCAUCACUCACAAAUUUCUUUUUCUUCCGCAACGAGGAGGACAAGUAUGGCCCAAAAGUUCCGCAUAUAUCGUUUUUGGAGUUCUUUCGGUACAAAUACCAGUUAAAUGUGGAUGGCGUGGUAGCUGCCUAUCGCUUUCCUUAUUUGCUUGCCGGUGAUUCGUUGGUUUUCAAACAGAUGUCUACCUUCUAUGAACAUUUCUACAGCAAGCUAACGCCUUUUAAACACUAUGUGCCCUUCAAGCGUGAUUUAAGCGAUUUAAUUGAACGUCUACAGUGGGCCAGAGAAAAUGAAGACCGUGCGCGUGAGAUCGUGGCUGAGGCCCGUAAAUUUGUGGAGAAAAACCUGAUGCCACAAAACAUAUACUGCUAUCACAUGGCGUUAUUUAAGGAAUGGAGCAACCGUCUCGUCUCACCUAUUACCGUGUUGCCUGGCAUGGAGAAGGUCGAACAGGUUUUCACUUGCUCUUGCAAAGAACCGCCUUACCCUAGGGAUGAGCUCUAGACACUUACUCAAGUCUGCGCAUACGAUUUUUCGCAUUUAUUGAUUUCUGCUUUUCAUUUCUUUCUACCUAAACCUCACUCUCAUUUUGUAUUUUUUCUCUUUUUUUCUUUAUAAGCCAUAAUUGGCUCUUUUCACAUUCCAUACUUUACCUUAGACGUCCUUGCUUUCGUUACUUUGUUUUUUGAAUAGCGGUUAAUGAUGGUAGAAAAAUCGCAUAUCACUGCUUUUAGCUUUUAAGGACAACUAUGCUUGCAGAUAUUUGUUGGUUUUAGAAGGAUGUCGAAAAUAUGAAAAGGUAGAUUUGUUUUCUACUUUACAAUUAAAUUAUUUUACAGUAAAACGCUUUC